UCCGCUCGUUCCGCUCACUCCUCCGUCUGCUCCAUCAGAGGACUUUCACAGCUUCAUUAUGGGGACGAUUCUAAGAGCGCUUAGUUUCCUGGCUCUAUUAUGUCUGGCCGAGGCCAAACAGAAAGACUUUUACUCGUUUAAGCUGGUGAACAGCAGAGGGAGGUUAGUUUCUCUGGAGAAAUACAGAGGAUCGGUGUCUCUGGUGGUGAAUGUGGCCAGUGAGUGCGGUUACACUGAGGAGCACUACAAAGACCUCCAGCAGCUGCAAAAAGACUUCGGUCCGUUUCACUUCAAUGUUCUGGCCUUCCCCUGCAACCAGUUCGGCCAGCAAGAGCCCGGCAGCGAUAAAGAGAUCGACAGCUUUGUGCGGCGAGUCUACGGGGUUUCUUUUCCCAUCUUCAGCAAGAUCGCUGUGGUUGGAAUAGGGGCCAAUAAUGCUUACAAAUAUCUUGUGGAGGCGUCUCGGAAAGAGCCGACCUGGAAUUUCUGGAAGUACCUCAUCGACACUGAUGGCAAAGUUGUUGACGCGUGGGGUCCUGAAGUCUCCGUCAAAGAAAUCCGCCCACGGAUAGCGGAUAUGGUUCGGAAGCUGAUCAUUAAGAGGAAAGAGGAGCUUUAGUCCUUUGAAUCUUCUUCAGCUCUGAAAACUGUAGACACUCAGACCUCAGAAACAGAUCUCUUUGAAGAAACACCUGCUAAUUUAGGCCUAUUCAAAGUAUGAAGUGUGAGUUUACACUUUAAACGAUCUCAUCCUCUUCCCACAACUUGGUGCAUUAGAUUUUUUCUCUCUCCACGUUUGUAAAGAGAAGAACUGAGAA